AUGGCAGCCAAGGCAGGGGACAACCCCGACAGCCUCAUGGCACUGACCACAGCCUUCUGCCUGAAGAACCUGAGGAGGACCAUGUGCUACCUGGGAGAGAGGAACAAGCUCUGCCUGCGCUCAGACGUCUUCCUGCCCAGCGAGAUCUGUGACAAGCUGGUCAACACGUACGACUUGAUAGAGCUCCACCUCACCUACUGCAACAACCUAUCAGCUAGCAGCCUCAGGACUUUAACCAGAUUCCGCCAGACCCUGGUCUCCCUCAGCCUGUUCGGCUGCAGCCGCAUCUUCUAUCGCAAGGGUGGUGCCCCACUGGUAUGCGACGAAGAAGAGGAGGAAGAGAGGCCGGCCUCCAGACAGGCACCGGACACAGACUUCAGCUUCCAGGGCUUCAACCGGCUGCGGCUGCUCAACCUCGGGGGUCUGCCUGAGGAGGUGGACGCUGAGGCUCUGCUCAAGCCCCUGCCGGUCCUCACCUCCCUAGACCUGUCCGGGGUGCCGCUGCCCAAGGCUGCCUUCCUGGCCCACUGGAAGGAGAGGCUGGCCUCGCUAGUGCUCUACAAUGUGGACCUCUCCGAGGAGCUAAUCAACACGGUGGUGGAGCUGGGACACCUCAGGCACCUGGAUAUCUCUAGAGAGCGCAAUUCCAAGUUCAUGAUGACCCGUAAGAUCCUGACGGCCAUUGUGCAGGGCCUAGUCAACCUGGUGUCACUGGACAUCUCAGGUCAUAUCAUGCUGGACAACUGCAUAGUCCCACACUUCGAGGAGGCCAUGGGACGUCCAAGUAUCGAGCCCUGCAAGAGCAGCAUCUACCCUUUCCAGGAGCUAAAGAGGCCUCUGCAGUUUCUGGGGCUCUACAACACCACCCUUUGUAAUGUGACACACAUCCCUGCUUACAAGGUCACAGGCUCUAAGAAUGAAGACCAGGUCCUUAAUGCCAUCGAGGUCUACACAGAGUUCCGCCCGGAGCUGGCCCACCGAGCCAUCAACCAGCUGUUUGAUAUCGCCAGGAUACAGCACUGCAGCCAGCUACUGCGGGCACUGCAGCUGGUGAUCGCUGCACUGAAGUGCCACAAGUAUGACAAGAGCAUCCAGGUGACGGGCAGCGCGGCCCUCUUCUACUUGACCAACACAGAGUACCGCAGUGACCAGAGUGUGCGGUUGCGCCGGCAGGUCAUCCAGGUGGUGCUCAACGGCAUGGAGCAGUACCAGGAGGUCACGGUCCAGAGGAACUGCUGCCUGACAUUGUGUAACUUCAGCAUCCCUGAGGAGCUGGAGUUCCAGUACGGCCGGGUCAACCUGCUGCUGCUGAAGAUCCUGGAGCCGGUCCGGCAGGACGGGUCCAUCCAGCGCAUCGCCGUGCACCUCUGCAACGCCCUGGUCUGCCAGGUGGACAACCACCACAAGGAGGCUGUGGGCAUGAUGGGCUUCGUCAAGACAAUGUUGAAUCUCAUCAAGAAAAAGCUACAGGACAGGAUGUGUGACCAGGUAAUGGAGUUCUCCUGGAGUGCCCUGUGGAACAUCACUGACGAGACGCCAGACAACUGUCAGAUGUUCCUUAACUGCAAGGGCAUGAGCCUCUUCCUGGACUGCCUGAAGGAGUUUCCAGACAAGCAGGAGCUCCACCGUAACAUGCUGGGGCUGCUGGGUAAUGUGGCAGAAGUGAGGGCUCUGCGACCACAACUCCUCACACCACAGUUCAUCUCUGUCUUCAGUAACCUGCUGGACAGCAAGGCGGAUGGGAUCGAGGUGUCCUAUAAUGCGUGCGGGGUGCUGUCCCAUGUUCGAUGGGCCAGAGGCGUGGGCCAUGGAAGAGCCACUGAGGGACACGGUCAUGGACAAGAUGAUGGAAGCUAUCCGGAGCUGGGACGUCACCUCCCGCCGGAAUAUCAACUACAGAUCAAGUGA